AUGACAUCUGAAAAAAAAAGAUCAACUUUAUUGGAUGAAAAUGGUGUUGAUAGUUCCCAUAGUACAAAGAAUCCAAAACGUCAACGUUUAAAUGAUAUACCAGACAUCGAGAAAGAUGUUUUGAAUCUUACAUCGGAAAAAGCAUAUUAUAUUAUUAGAUCAUUUAUUCUAUUCACAGAUGGUAUUAUAACUACACUCGCAUUUGACGAUAAAUUAAAAUCAAUUUUCAAUGAUUGUCCUUCAUUAAAUUAUAAACACAUCGUAUAUGAAUUGUAUUAUGAUGAAGAAAUUUUAUUAAAAAAAUAUUAUUUUGUUGUUUUAUCUUUGAUAAUUAAUCAACAUUAUUCUUCUUAUUUCGAACAAAAUGAAUUACACAGAAUCAAUUUAUUGAAAUUUUUAUGUUUAAUUGAAGAGGAAAAUAUUCUUCGCAAUUUCGAAAAAAUCGACAAUAAUCAACUAAAUUUCUCCUCAUAUUUCUCUUUAAUUGGUACAUUUUUAAUGAUAAUUAUAUCACAUAAAACAAUAACAACACAAGAUAUAUGUAUAUUUUCAACAAUAUUAGAAGAUGAUAUUAUUGAUAAGAACAUAAGUAAUAUGCCAAUACUAAAAGAUUUCAUUAUAUUAUUUCGUGAUAUUAUGCAUAUCGAAUUUGUUAAAAAAAUAUAUUUGGAAUUAAUUAAUGAUGAAAUUGGACCAGCAAAUUCUAUUGAUGAUAUUGUUUUUUCAGGCAUUAUUAAUAGUACAAUCGAAGAAAUUUUGGAAAAACGUGGAAUUUCAUUUGCAAACUUAUCAACGUGUUAUACAGCAAUUACAUGUUUCAAUCGAACAUUAAUUAUUAAUAAAAAUAUUAUUUUAUUACGAUUAAUUGAUAAAGCCAAACGAUUAAGCGACAAUACAGUGAUGUUUGGUGGAUUAUUGAUCACUGUAUUACAUGAAUUUUUUCAUAUAUUAAGACGAACAAUUAUUAGAAAGGCAUUUAAUCCUUUUUAUGAACGAACACCACCAAGAAUAAUUUCAUCACGUAAUAACAUACAUAUGACCGAAGGAGGUUUUCAAUUAGACGAUCGUUUAUUUGGUACCGUAUGUGAAACAAUUGGUCAUUUAGAUGGAAUGUUUUUAUUGAAUUAUCAUAAUUGGGAAAACAAGAAUCACGAUGAUUUCAAAAAAUGUUUCAAUGAUAUGAAAACUCGUGAUUUACAUACAAAUUCAAUAUAUAAUCGUUGGAUUUUACCAAGUAAAGGUGGUCCAAUGAAUAAUAAUGAUAAUGACGAAAAUAAUACUGAAGAAACACUCAAAGAAUCUUCGUCAUUAGACAGAUUAAAUUUACCUGGUUGUGUUCUUGCGGCAUCUUGGUAUCAAUUUCAAUCGUAA